UUCUUUGAUCAGAAGUCUCAUUGUACCUGGUUGUUUUUUUUUUAAUAAUAGCAGCCAUUACCUAGAUCCAUCAAUUCAUUAAGAGUUUGCAAAUUGUGGCCUAUAAUGACUUUAAAGAAAGUCAUCUGCAUCUGUCUGCCCUAUUGCAUUGGCUAGAACUUCAGAAUUCGCUUGAACAGCAGCAGCAGCAGUGAGAGUACAUCCCCUUCUUUCACCCCUGAGCUUCAUUAAGGGGAUAUCUGUGGUGUCCUUUGACCCUUCAGAGAGAAGCUGGCCAUUAGGGACCCUGAUUCAUCCAGUACACACCAUCAACCUCAGGGACAAGUAGUAUCUCACUGGGGCCCUGCUCUGGCUGGACACCUGCCCCCCAGCCUAUCCUUGACUCCAGCCCAGGGGCAUCUGUGGAACCCACUGGGACUUUCUUCCUUCCCUUCCCAGAUGGACCUCUUACUGGAUCCUGUAAUUCUGGUUUUCGUCUCCACAGGACAGGCCAAGUCUUCGGAGAAGAGUGAAGACUUGCUGGCAAUGGUGAAAAAGCUGCAGAAAGAGGGAAGCCUGGAGCCACAGAUCGAGGACCUGAUUAACCGGAUCAAUGAGCUUCAGCAAGAGACACUGAGGAUCCUGCAGCUGCACUGUCAUAAGAAGGAAAGUGAGGUUCAGAGGUUGGAUGUCAAAGAACAGCUGGAGGACCUGAUGGGCCAGCACAAGGACCUCUGGGAAUUUCAUAUGCUGGAGCAGCGAUUGGUCCGAGAGAUCGGUGCCCUGGAGAGCAGCAAGGCGCAGCUGCUUACCGAGGAGAUGCUGGUGCAGGCGAAGCUGGAGGAGGUGGGGCGGCGGCUGCGCUCGCAGCCGGAGGUAGCAGGCACCCCACCAGUGAGCGAUGGGCCCCUCCUGAACCGCCCGGAGGCCACAGCCGUCGGGUGAGAGUGGGAAGAAGGUCUGGGCGAGGGAGGAAGGGGCAAGAAGGUGGGCGAUGGGCGGAUGUCCCCAGCACUGCCCCUCCCGGAAGGGGAAGGGCUGGUUCUGGGGAAGGUUAGCGGGACUUCUAGCAAAAGGGGCUCCUCCCACCCAACCUACUUUGCCUGUCAGCGUGACAAGGGUCUUUCUCAGGGGUUCUCUGAACAGAGGUAUCUCGUGCCUAGGGCUUCCUUCCCCAGCACCCCUACUCAUGCUCUCUUCUUCCUCUUUUCUCCGCUGUACUUCCUAGGAUGAAGGUGGAGCUGGAGAAAUUCAAGGGGCAAGCCCUGGCUGAAGCCCAGAGCGCCCCAGAGGAAGAGGCCGGCAAAGGAGACGUAGGGAGACUGUGGAGGGAGGGGGGAGGGAAGGGUGUCCCUGGAGAUCUUUGAGAGAGGGCUCUGUGGGGGAGAAGAACGUUCCUGGCGGGGGCACCGUCAGGGCGAAGGCGCUGAGGAGGAGUCGCGGACCAGAGUGGGCUGCAGGCCAAGGUGUAGAGAGCCGGUCCAGCAGCCUGACUCCCACUCCCCGCAGGCCGGCUCCCGUCUCCUCGGCGCCGCCCUGGAGGAGAAGGAUCUAGAACCGAGGGCAGAAUUGGCCUUGACGCCCCCCUAAGGCCGCCUCGACCUUCUUUCAAUACCUGCCAAGAAAUAAAGACAAUGA